UUAUCUCAUUCGCACAGUUAACUUCAAAUUCAAAUACAUACGACCAUUCAUUUAUUACUUGGACAUUCCGCUACAGUUACUACACGGUCUAAACAAUUAUUUGUAGUGAAACUCUCAAGAAUCGAUUGCUUUUUCAACAAAAUAUUCAAAGACCAACCAUGGACGGUCCCUCAGGACCAUCUCCAUGCGAGCUGCGCGUCCACACAGAUGCGUCAGAAGACAGACUAUCGGCCGGCAGCGGUGACAACUGCCAGUGCAACAAAACACAGCCCGAGGUGACCCUGAAGGGCAAACGGUUGGGCAGGGGAGCGGUGGAGUCAGGUCUCACACACGAAUGCGGCGUGUUCGGGGCCAUUGGCACGGGCGAGUGGCCCACGCAGGUGGAUGUCGGGCAGGUCAUCUGCCUGGGGCUGGUCGCCUUGCAGCACAGAGGACAAGAAUCUGCGGGUAUAGUGACGUCAGAGGGCAAGAGUGCGCGCACGUUCAACUCUCACAAAGGCAUGGGGCUCAUCAACAACAUAUUCAACGACGAGGCCAUGAAGAAGCUUAAGGGCAACCUCGGCAUUGGACACACGAGGUAUUCGACGUCGGCGGCGUCAGAGGAGGUGAACUGCCAGCCGUUUGUGGUCCACACGGCACAUGGCGCGUUGGCCGUGGCACAUAACGGCGAGCUGGUCAACUGCAGCAGUCUCAGGAAGAUGGUAUUAGGGCGCGGCGUGGGUCUAUCCACUCAUUCGGACUCGGAGCUGAUCACGCAGGCGCUUUGCCUCAACCCGCCCGAGGGCGAAACCAACGGGCCCGACUGGCCCGCCAGGAUCAACCACCUCAUGAGGCUAGCCCCACUGAGCUACUCGCUGGUGAUCAUGCUGAAGGACAAGAUCUACGCAGUGCGUGAUCCCUACGGCAACCGGCCGCUGUGCCUCGGCAAGAUACUGCCGCUCGGCUCCUCGUAUGUUUACAAACAGUCAUCAGCGCAGCAUGCCGCGGUCCUAAUGAACGGUUGCGCUAAGAACGGGAUGGACGACAAGGCUGAAGGCUGGGUGGUUUCCUCAGAAUCCUGCGGAUUCCUUUCCAUUGGCGCGCGCUACGUGCGCGAGGUGCUACCGGGCGAGAUCGUGGAGAUGUCGCGGCACGGCAUCCGCACCGUGGACGUGGUGGAGCGACCGGCCGGCAAGCAGCAGGCCUUCUGCAUCUUUGAAUACGUCUACUUUGCACGGGCCGACAGUAUGUUUGAAGGUCAAAUGGUGUAUUCCGCGCGUCUGCAGUGCGGGCGUAUGUUAGCGCGCGAGUCGCCUGUCGACGCUGACAUCGUGUCGUCCGUGCCCGAGUCCGGCACGGCCGCUGCACACGGCUACGCCAGACAGUCCGGAAUCCCAUUCAUGGAGGUACUGUGCAAGAACCGCUACGUGGGCCGCACGUUCAUCCAGCCGUCCACGCGCCUGCGCCAGCUCGGCGUGGCCAAGAAGUUUGGCGCGCUCUCCGAGAACGUGCGCGCUAAGCGAAUUGUGCUCAUCGACGAUUCCAUUGUUCGCGGCAACACUAUCGGACCUAUCAUCAAGUUGUUGCGCGACGCGGGCGCUGCUGAGGUGCACAUCAGGAUAGCGUCGCCGCCGCUAAAGUACCCGUGCUACAUGGGCAUCAACAUCCCGACUCGCGAGGAGCUCAUCGCCAACAAGAUGGACUCCUUCAAGCUCGCCGAGCACGUCGGUGCGGACAGUUUAGAGUACCUAAGCGUAGAAGGUCUGGUGAGCGCAAUUCACUACAACAUGAAAGCCACGCCGAGUGAUGGCGUCGGCGGCCAUUGCACCGCCUGUCUUACCGGGGAUUACCCUGGCGGCCUGCCCGAAGAUAUGGACUGGUAGUGUAGGUGUACUGUGGACUGGAUCUUCAGUGUACUGUACUGGGGAAAGGACGAAUUUGUGUGAGGAACAUCUUUAGUGUACUGAGGAACACUGAACAUCUUUGGAACAACUUUUAAUGGACUGAGAGACAUACAGCUUCAGUGCCCUGGGGAAUAUCUGGAGUAAAAGAUUUAGUGUACUGGGGAACAUCUUUAGUGUACUGAGGAACGACAAUAGACUGAGGAACAUCUUUAGUGUACUCAGGAAUAUCUUUAGUGUAUGUAUGUACAGAGGAACAUCUUUAGUAUGCUGAGGAACAUCUGUGUUCUGAGGAACAUCUUUAGUGUACUGAGGAACGACAAUGGAUUGAGGAACAUCUUUAGUGUACUCAGGAAUAUCUUUAGUGUAUGUAUGUACAGAGGAACAUCUUUAGUAUGCUGAGGAACAUCUGUGUUCUGAGGAACAUCUUUAGUGUACUGAGGAACGACAAUGGAUUGAGGAACAUCUUUAGUGUACUCAGGAAUAUCUUUAGUGUAUGUAUGUACAGAGGAACAUCUUUAGUGUACUGAGGAACGACAACAAUUGACUGAGGAACAACUUUAGUAUGCUGAGGGACAUCUGUGUUCUGAGGAACAUCUUUAGUGUACUAAGGUACAUCUUAAGUUUACUGAGGAAAAUAUGUGUACUAAGGAUCAUCUUUAGUGUACUGAGAAACGACACUGGACUGAGGAACAACUUUAGUGUAUUGGGGAACAUCUUUAGUGUACUGAGGAACAUCUUUAGUGUACUGAGGAUCAUCUUUAGUGUACUGAGGAACAUCUUUAGUGUACUAAGGAACAGCCUCAGUGUAUGUUAUGGAGUCAAUUUUAACAGGUUUUCGAAUGAAAAAUAAUUUGUUUUGGUGUUGACUUAAUUAAUACUCAAAAUGAAUAUUUUAGCUUUUUUGUUCAGUGUAAUUUUACAAGCCUUUAUAUUUUUUGGCUUGUUACUAAAUUAGGUAAUAACGUGAAAAUGGGACCAACAGAAGCUUAUCGCGGUAUUGUUAGAUAAAAUAUAAGAAUUAUUUACAUUGUUAUUUUAAAAUACCCAUGUAAAUGGUGGGUUUGUAAACUCUAAAGUUUUGAACUUUACCUAUUUGACCCCAGGAAUUGUAGAAAAUACAUCAUAGGUAAAUUUUUCAUCGCAAAGUCCAACCAUGUCAUGGAUAAUGUCAAAAAAAUGUACUAAUUAGGUGUUACUCAAUAUUUCUUUUUUAUUCCUUAAGAUAAAAAGAAACACUGUUAAAACCAAGAUCUGUUAAAAACCUCAAUAGUCUUAUGUUCAACAAAAGAAAUAUUGAAUUUCAACAAACUGUCUUUUUCAUGUGCUAAGAAGAUAAUGAGAUAGUUUAUUUAUAUUUAAGGUUUUUUAAAUUAGAUGAUGAUAAUUGUGUGUCAAUUAUGCAGAGUAUGGUUAAUAUACAAUUGGAAAGUACACUAUUUAUACAUUCUUAUAUUAUAUUGUGUCAACAAAAUCUUAUAUUAUAUCCCCUAAGUGCCUUAUUAUUAGAUAUUUCUAAAUCUAUGUUAUUUUUUUAUGAAGUCGUGCUGGUUUCGACUAUCGAAUAUAAUUUUAAGUUUUAAUUUUAAUAUUAACAUAAGUAUUGUAUAAAUGGGGCAGUUUAGCCAAAUGGUUAAUCGAAUCGCAUUUUUGUAAGUGUGUAGUAAAUGUAAGUUGUAUUUUUUCAGUACAUGUCACAGUCAAUACUUUGUGCCAGUCAAAAUUUCGUUUGACUAGAAGUUUAUUUGUAAUGUACCCUUUUUUAACAAGAACUAUUUAGAAUAUAUAUGUUACGGUCAAAGUGAUAAAUGUGAAAAUUAUGAAUAAUCGCCGGUUAUUAUGAAUAAUUACCGCAUGAUUUGGUAAAUGUGAUUAAUAUGAGGUCAUUUAUGUGUGUAUAAAACUAAAUAGGCGGCUUAGGGGUGGCCCAAGGGCCACCCCCGCCGCACCUUAACCUAUUUUUCACUUUAAAUCAAAACAUUAUGUUAAAGGCAUCAUGGAAAAGUAAUAUUAUGCAAGAAACAUUCCAAACUCAUUAUGUCAAAUUAUAUUAAUAUAUGAUAUCAAAACGUUCAAAAGUUUGGCUGUACACGAACACGUACACAAGAUGUUGUUCUCUUUUAUGAAAUUUGUUAGUACUAAGGCUGAAUUAUUAAAUAAUCACUGUUAAAUGUGAUUAAUUUAUCACUUUUACCGCGACUGUCGGGAAUUAUUCAUAAUAACCGGUUAUUAUUAAUAAUUUUCAAUUUAUCACAUUAACCGUAACAUAUACAUAAAGACUUCGAUUCUAAUGGGGUCCGAUUAGAUUUGCAAAAAAAUCCCCUACCAAAUCCGUCCUACUCAAAAGUCAAAUAAACAAACUGUGACUUGGGUUUCCGCCACUUCUUAGGAGAUUUAUUGAAGUGGCGGUAGGGCAAGCUAUUUGUUUUCAGUGCCCUGAAAAUGUUAUUACAAAUAAAUAAUGUUAUUGCACUUGUUAUUAGUCACAACAAAUUUAGACUGAAAUAAAGUUUUGACUGUGACUAAAAUAUGGGUAUGCUGUCUUGAAUGAUAAUUAUUAGAUCUGUCCCUGGCAUUUUUAGAUGGUAAUUCUCAAAGGUACAAUAUUUUCUCAUGUGACUGUUUGUACUGCAUUUCUAUUGAAAUAUGGCAUUCCAUGUCUGUCGUAGGUUAAGGAACUAAAUAUUUUAACAUGUUUUGUUUAGUUGUACCCUUUUAGUACAAUGUAACUAUACAAUUGAAUCCUAUAAGAAGUAUAUUGAUUUAUUUAUAUAAA